AUGAAGAGGCCCCCUCCUCCUCCUCCUUCACGUUCUUAUUCAUCUUCUUCUUCGUCUUCUUCUUGCAUCAAUUCACCAAAAACCCAAAAAAAAUCAAAGCCUAAACGUGGCAGAGCCAAGAAAAUUCAGAAUGCUGCUGCUGAUUCUGUUGUUUCUACUAAAUCAAGAAGCUCCAUUUUCAGAGGCGUCACCAGGCACAGAUGGACAGGAAGGUUUGAAGCACACCUGUGGGAUAAGAGUACAUGGAACAGCAUUCAGAACAAGAAAGGAAAACAAAGUGCAUAUGACAACGAGGAAUCUGCGGCUCGAACGUAUGAUCUAGCUGCCCUCAAGUAUUGGGGUCCUGAUACUCCCCUGAAUUUUCCGCUUGAGAUGUACUCAACUGAGAUUGAGGAAAUGCAAAGAUCGACCAAGGAAGAGUUCUUGGCUUCACUUCGUCGACAAAGUAGUGGAUUUUCGAGAGGUGUUUCGAAGUACCGUGGUGUGGCAAGGCACCACCACAAUGGUCGGUGGGAAGCUCGAAUUGGACACGUUUCUGGAAAUAAAUAUCUCUACUUGGGAACCUACAGCACACAAGAGGAAGCUGCAGCAGCAUAUGAUAUGGCAGCAAUAGAGUUCAGGGGGCCUAAUGCUGUUACCAACUUCGACAUUAGCAAAUAUACAGACAAGUUGAAAAAAUUCAUACCAGAGGAUGAAGUAAAACAGGAAGACGUCCAAGUAAUGAAUCAAGAAACUCAAGAGCUCGUCCCUCAAACGCAAGGAGACGAAACAAUCAAUCAUCAACACCAUCAACAAGAGGAAUUCAAUCAAAUGGUUCAACAAAGUGUCCCAAAGUUAGAGUUGAUUGAUUCCAUCGACUCGGAUGUAAUGAUGAUGCUGGACCCCACCAAGGAUAUCGAGCACCACCCUUGGGAUGACAUGUGCUUAGACUUAGACCUCAAUUCGCUUCAAAUUCCCAACAUUCCUCUCGAUAAACCAAACGAGUUGCUGGGAUUGUUUGAUGACAAAGGCUUCGAGGAUAAUAUUGAUCUCAUUUUUGACGAUUCUUUUAAUGAGAACGAGUUUCACCAGGAUGCAAUGUCCGGAACUACUGCUGGAAGUAAAGAUGUUGAGGCAGAUAUUUUGGUAGAUCGAGCCGAGAAGGGGCAGGAUGCAUCAUUAACAUCUUCUUCUCCACCAUCAACAACAACAUCAGUUGGUAGCAACAUCUGGUAG